AUGUCCGACAAUCCAUAUUCGUACUCGCCGGAGAGAAGCAAUGACCGCAGCAUUGACUCCUUGUACUUUUCGAAUACCUCGACCCGAAGCAGCGUCGGCACCAACCCGGGUGGCCAGAGCUCCAGCGCCCGCAGCGAGUCCACCCUGGACAACUGGGGCGCCGAGAUCGACAGACGAUACAUAGGAAACACGUCCUCGCGAGACUUUGCAUACGACAAGUCCGACCCGAAACACACCACUGCCUAUCUUUUGCCCGACAAGAAGAGAUGA